AUGGAAAGACACUUCUGCUCAUGUUGCAACAGAAAGCAAAAGCCCAUCCUCUACACUGGGGACCCACUCGACGGAAAGCCCAUCCUCUACACUGGGGACCCACUCGACGGAAAGCCCAUCCUCUACACUGGGGACCCACUCGACGGAAAGCCCAUCCUCUACACUGGGGACCCACUCGACGGAAAGCCCAUCCUCUACACUGGGGACCCACUCGACGGAAAGCCCAUCCUCUACACUGGGGACCCACUCGACGGAAAGCCCAUCCUCUACACUGGGGACCCACUCGACGGAAAGCCCAUCCUCUACACUGGGGACCCACUCGACGGAAAGCCCAUCCUCUACACUGGGGACCCACUCGACGGAAAGCCCAUCCUCUACACUGGGGACCCACUCGACGGAAAGCCCAUCCUCUACACUGGGGACCCACUCGACGGAAAGCCCAUCCUCUACACUGGGGACCCACUCGACGGAAAGCCCAUCCUCUACACUGGGGACCCACUCGACGGAAAGCCCAUCCUCUACACUGGGGACCCACUCGACGGAAAGCCCAUCCUCUACACUGGGGACCCACUCGACGGAAAGCCCAUCCUCUACACUGGGGACCCACUCGACGGAAAGCCCAUCCUCUACACUGGGGACCCACUCGACGGAAAGCCCAUCCUCUACACUGGGGACCCACUCGACGGAAAGCCCAUCCUCUACACUGGGGACCCACUCGACGGAAAGCCCAUCCUCUACACUGGGGACCCACUCGACGGAAAGCCCAUCCUCUACACUGGGGACCCACUCGACGGAAAGCCCAUCCUCUACACUGGGGACCCACUCGACGGAAAGCCCAUCCUCUACACUGGGGACCCACUCGACGGAAAGCCCAUCCUCUACACUGGGGACCCACUCGACGGAAAGCCCAUCCUCUACACUGGGGACCCACUCGACGGAAAGCCCAUCCUCUACACUGGGGACCCACUCGACGGAAAGCCCAUCCUCUACACUGGGGACCCACUCGACGGAAAGCCCAUCCUCUACACUGGGGACCCACUCGACGGAAAGCCCAUCCUCUACACUGGGGACCCACUCGACGGAAAGCCCAUCCUCUACACUGGGGACCCACUCGACGGAAAGCCCAUCCUCUACACUGGGGACCCACUCGACGGAAAGCCCAUCCUCUACACUGGGGACCCACUCGACGGAAAGCCCAUCCUCUACACUGGGGACCCACUCGACGGAAAGCCCAUCCUCUACACUGGGGACCCACUCGACGGAAAGCCCAUCCUCUACACUGGGGACCCACUCGACGGAAAGCCCAUCCUCUACACUGGGGGCCCACUCGACGGAAAGCCCAUCCUCUACACUGGGGACCCACUCGACGGAAAGCCCAUCCUCUACACUGGGGACCCACUCGACGGAAAGCCCAUCCUCUACACUGGGGACCCACUCGACGGAAAGCCCAUCCUCUACACUGGGGAGCCACUCGACGGAAAGCCCAUCCUCUACACUGGGGACCCACUCGAGGGAAAGCCCAUCCUCUACACUGGGGACCCACUCGACGGAAAGCCCAUCCUCUACACUGGGGACCCACUCGACGGAAAGCCCAUCCUCUACACUGGGGACCCACUCGACGGAAAGCCCAUCCUCUACACUGGGGACCCACUCGACGGAAAGCCCAUCCUCUACACUGGGGACCCACUCGACGGAAAGCCCAUCCUCUACACUGGGGACCCACUCGACGGAAAGCCCAUCCUCUACACUGGGGAGCCACUCGACGGAAAGCCCAUCCUCUACACUGGGGACCCACUCGAGGGAAAGCCCAUCCUCUACACUGGGGACCCACUCGACGGAAAGCCCAUCCUCUACACUGGGGACCCACUCGACGGAAAGCCCAUCCUCUACACUGGGGACCCACUCGACGGAAAGCCCAUCCUCUACACUGGGGACCCACUCGACGGGUGA